GGCGCUAUCGGCGCGCUCGGGAGGCGGCGGCGGCGGCGGUGGUGGUGGCGGCACCUCCCGUCGGCCUCCGACAGGACUGAAGGCGCGACCGCAGACGGGACCUUCUUUCUGAGAAGUGCCAGAGAGUAAGAAGGCAAAAAUGCGGGUAGCAGGAGCCGCAAAGUUGGUGGUGGCUGUGGCAGUAUUCUUACUGACCUUCUAUGUUAUUUCUCAAGUAUUUGAAAUUAAAAUGGAUGCAAGUUUAGGAAAUCUAUUUGCUCGAUCCGCGCUGGACUCAGCCAUUCGUUCUACGAAGCCUCCAAGGUACAAAUGUGGGAUCUCAAAAGCGUGCCCGGAGAAGCAUUUUGCUUUUAAAAUGGCUAGUGGAGCAGCCAAUGUAGUGGGACCCAAGAUCUGCCUGGAGGACAGUGUUUUGAUGAGUGGUGUGAAGAAUAAUGUGGGAAGAGGAAUAAAUGUUGCCUUGGUAAAUGGGAAAACAGGGGAAGCGAUAGACACCAAGUAUUUUGACAUGUGGGGAGGAGAUGUGGCACCGUUCAUUGAGUUUUUGAAGACCAUACAAGACGGGACAGUCGUGUUAAUGGCAACGUACGAUGACGGGGCAACCAAACUCACGGAUGAGGCACGGAGGCUCAUUGCUGAACUGGGGAGCACUUCCAUCACCAGCCUUGGUUUCCGAGAUAACUGGGUCUUCUGUGGUGGGAAGGGCAUUAAGACAAAGAGCCCCUUCGAACAGCACAUAAAGAACAAUAAGGACACGAAUAAGUACGAGGGAUGGCCCGAGGUGGUCGAGAUGGAAGGAUGCAUCCCCCAGAAGCAAGACUGACGGGAACGUUAGACGAGGAGGACCACACUUUGACUCUGCAGAGGAGCUGUCAAGCAGCCGCUCUGUGUACAUAUUCAGUAGCAUGUGACCGUCCAGGGUGUGCAUGAGCAAGACUGUCUCUGUCGAUUCCAGGAUUAUUUAUUGCUAACAGAAAUGGCUACCUUUGUAAAUAGUCCUCAUUGAGCCAAUCACUGAACUAUUUGUAAGCACAUUUCCCCAAAAGUACAAUGUGUAGACUACAAUGGCAAUAAUGUACUUUAAUUCUAAAAGCAUAUUCAAUGGGUAACCAGGCAGGUUGUAUAGGACAUUGAUAUUUAUCCUGGUGGCUGUGAAACCCUAUCAUGGAAUAACAUGGCUUUUAGGGAGGAGAUUUUGUUCGUUUAUGUGUCUCUGUAUAAAUAUCUGCAUGUGAUGACAGAUUCCUUUAAAUUAAAGAGAUCUUUAACUAGUUGUAUGUGUACUGUCACCUUACAGUCUGACCUCUGUUGUAUCUUUUCAGUCUUUAGUUUUUUUCCUUCCAAAGAAAUCCAGAAAUAAAAUGUUUCACACAAAAAUUUAUAUAAGAUUUGUGAGGAGCACAACAGUUGUUUUUUUGGUUUUUUUUUUUAAAUAACAGUGAAGAUGAACAUUAAUGUAAAGUGUCAUUCAGGGCUCAUUUUCUCGAUUUUGUGUUAGCAAUGUGGAUUCUGUGAUUUUGUAUAAGCUGUGUAGAGUAAGCCUAGGUGUGAGAUUCCACAGAACGAGGGGACUGACCCCAGUCCCUUCCUCAGUCUAAUCAGGUUAUUCAAGAUAACUGGGUCAGUACAUUUAGAGUAAUACAGGCAUUUAUCUCCUUUCUUGCCUUCCUUGACCACAUGGUUUUAGAACAGGAAUACUUUACCAUCAUAGCUUUUGAUUUGUAAACCAAGAAAUGAAAUUCUGUUAUUUAUUUUUAACUUCAUAAUAGCAACUGUUGCCUAAACAUGGAGCAGAAUAUUUGAAAAAUCCUGAUUAACUUUUUUUUAGGGCAUUAGAUACCUAUUGUACGUGACAUACAUCAAAUCCUCAUGUAUGGAAUCGCUUCAAAUGCGACAUAAACAAAUGAAAUGUUCAUGCUGCCCUUCGUGGGAUGAGGCAACAAAUAAAAUCUGAACCUAAAAUUUAGGUGGUUUGUAUAAAAAUCUAAAAGCAGUAUUUGCUAUUUUGUUAAAAGUUGGAAGCAAUUCAGAUACUUCUUGACUAUUACCGACCUUGUGGUACUGUGUCUUUCCACAAAUUGAAUGUAGUUCAUAAGGAGACACAUCUUCUGUGUUUAAAGAAGUUUUGUAAACUUUUUAAGAGUUCUGGUGCUUCUGUACUAACUCACAUCCACCAUGUAUGUUUUAGCCUGUCUUUACAGUUCUAGGGAUUGGAAAAUAAAUGUUGCAAGGUGGUUGUGUUUUAUUUUUUAAUACUGAAUAUAAGUACUCUUGGUUUGACAUUGUAAAUUUUUUCUUUUUCUCUUUUUCUUUUUGUAUUUGGCAAAGCACUACACCUAUAGAACAUCCCAUGAAACCCUUCCAAUUGUUUUUUGUACAUUUUAACGUGUAAAGAGUUUUUGCCAUUCAACACAGUAAUAUCAUGUCGUCUGAAUAUAUUUGAACAUGUAUAGAAGUUAAGUUGCUUGGUAACAGGCUAUCCCUUUGAGAGAUGGGUUUUCCAUUUGUGUAAACUUGGGAGGGAUAGGGCUGGUUCUGUAACUGCUCUGGUGCAGUGGGUUUUGCCUGGAUUCUGUCUUGUGUUGGUUGUACCGGCUUAACUCUAGAAGCAAUAAUCGACUGUUUUACGUCCACAUCAGCCUUAGAAGUGGAACAAUGCUCAUUUAAUGUGGAGAAUGAAUUUUCUUUAUUAAAAUCAAAACUCUUUAACAGUGA